GACAGAAUCCAAAGGACGGUUCAGAGUCAGAACACGAAGAACUGAAACUGUUAUACAUGUAGAGAGAGAAAGAGAUUAUUGCAUAAACAUAAUUCCAAUCAGCUCCCCCAGCUCUCUUUCUUCUUAUCCAAGUACCCGCCUCAGUCACCGAUUUUUUUGCAGUGGAUUUUGGUUCAGUGAGGAAGAAAGAAGGAUUUGGACGAGUUUAAGGUCAUAAAAGUGGUGCUUUUUGGGGGGUUGAAUUCUGAAGAAAUGUUGGAAGACCAGUCUAGCUUGGUUUCAACGGGCUACCCGAGGACCAAGAACUUUUGGGCGUGAAAGCAAUGGGCUUGCGUGAAUUACUGGCAAGAAACAUUGAGGAUCAGAGUUCAAUAGGCCAUUAGAAACUGAUGUAAGGGGGGGGGGUGUAGAAGUUGGUUUUAAUCUAAGCAAUUAGAUCCUCGUGAAAGAGUAGAAUUGGCUUUAACAUUUCGUGAAAUUUACAUGGCUAACCAGCGUCAUGCUGGUGAUAAUUCGGAUUCAAGUUCCCUUAUCCAUGCCAUUGGUCGGGACAUCUCAAUUUGCUGCCUCCUUCGAUGCUCAAGAUCUGAUUAUGGUGUUAUUGCAUCUUUGAAUCAGAGUUUCCGAUCACUCAUUCGGAGUGAUAAGGAGUCUUUGGCAGUUGGCACCGAGCUUCUUGUAUUUGGUAAAGAAAUGAUGUCUCAAGUCAUCUACAGUUACAGUUUACUGACAAACACGUGGUCAUCUGGGAUGAGUAUGAAUGCACCAAGAUGUUUGUUUGGGUCUGCCAGUCUUGGGGAGAUUGCAAUUUUAGCUGGUGGUUGUGAUUUGCAGGGCAACAUCCUCAGCUCAGCAGAGCUCUAUAAUUCGGAGAGUGGAACUUGGGAGACACUCCCAAGAAUGAUUAAACCACGGAAGAUGUGUUCUGCGGUGUUCAUGGAUAAAAAAUUUUAUGUCAUUGGAGGGAUUGGAGGAAGAGAGUCAAAGAUUCUCACAUGUGGGGAGGAAUAUAAUUUGGAUACAAGAACCUGGAGUGAAAUCCCUAACAUGUCCCCUGUGGGUGCAGCCAGAGAAGUUGGGAUGCCUGCUACAUCAGGGGCACCCCCUCUGGUCGCAGUUGUAAAUAAUGAGUUAUAUGCAGCUGGUUAUGCUGACAUGGAGGUGAGGAAGUAUGACAAGGGUAACAGGAGAUGGAAAACUGUUGGGAGGUUGCCUGAACGUGCUGAUUCUAUGAAUGGUUGGGGUUUGGCAUUUAGGGCAUGUGGAGACCGGCUUAUUGUUAUUGGAGGACCUAGAACUAUGGGUGAAGGGUUUAUCGAAGUUAAUUCAUGGAUCCCGAGUUCAGGUCCACCACAGUGGAACUUGCUUGGCUGGAAGAAAUCUGGUAGCUUUGUCUAUAAUUGUGCUGUAAUGGGAUGCUGA